CAGCUGGGAUCGCUGCGCUGCGCUCCAGUCUGGUAAGAAGCUUCAUCUCCAAAUAGGAUGACCGUCGGCUUUUGUGGAAGGGACUGCAUUCAGCUCCGUCGCUAGCUCUGGGACACCCGGUUGGUUCCGUUCAGUUUACCUUGAGGGAGUUUAAAUGCCAAAACGUCGGGUUUCUCUCUAGUGUGGAUUUCCGAUGGAUAUUCCGAUUUGAGGAGGUGUGAUUUGAGCGCGGCAUGUAACAAAAAGAAGCGCAUGAGAGGCUUCAGAAAAGUAGCGCUCGUAUUGUUAUUUUGAAACGAGCACCGUCUGAACUGCUUUGAGAGCAAAUUCUCAUGGAUUACUAAAAGAGAGACCUAUAUAAACACUCCGAGGCAUAUCCAUUCAUGAGCUGAAGGGAACACUGAGUGUUUGGUUAAGAGGAAUAUUGUGUCUGUGUGUGUCUUCUAUCAUGCCUGUGUCAGAUUAAAGCUACCAAGCUGAGGUAAAUCCAUAGAGGACCAGCAGUAGCAGCAGCAGCAGCAGCAGCAGCAGCAGCGUUGGUGCGACCAUGAGGUCAGAGGCCUUGUUACUCUACUUCACGCUACUGCAAAUAGCCGGGGCGGGCUUCCCCGAAGACACAGAGCCGAUUAGUAUUUCACAUGGCAACUACACAAAGCAGUAUCCAGCAUUUGUGGGCCACAAACCUGGCAGGAACAACACUCAGCGGCACAAACUGGACAUCCAGCUCAUCAUGAUCAUGAACAGGACUUUAUACAUCGCUGCCAGGGAUCACAUAUACACGGUGGACACAGACACUGCCAACAGUGAGGAGAUCUUUUUCAGUAAGAAAUUGACAUGGAAGUCCAGGCAGGCAGAUGUGGACACCUGCAGAAUGAAAGGGAAGCACAAGGAUGAAUGUCACAAUUUCAUCAAAGUCCUCCUGCAGCAAAACGAUGACACCUUGUUUGUGUGUGGAACAAAUGCUUUCAAUCCCUCUUGCCGAACCUACAAGAUGGACUCCCUGGAGGCUCUAGGAGAGGAGAUCAGCGGGAUGGCACGCUGCCCGUAUGAUGCCAAGCACGCCAACGUUGCCCUCUUCGCGGAUGGCAAGCUGUACUCGGCCACCGUAACAGACUUCCUAGCGAUCGAUGCAGUCAUCUAUCGUAGCCUAGGAGACAGCCCGACUCUGCGCACUGUCAAACAUGACUCCAAAUGGCUGAAAGAGCCCUACUUUGUCCAGGCAGUUGAUUAUGGCGACUUCAUCUACUUCUUCUUUCGGGAAAUUGCCAUGGAGUACAACACAAUGGGAAAGGUUGUGUUUCCGCGGGUGGCUCGGGUUUGCAAGAAUGACCGCGGCGGCUCGCAGCGUGUCCUGGAGAAACAGUGGACCUCCUUUCUCAAGUCUCGCCUGAACUGCUCCAUCCCAGGCGACUCCCACUUCUACUUCAACAUCCUACAGGCGGUGACGGAUGUCAUCCACAUCAAUGGGAGGGAUGUGGUAAUGGCAACCUUCUCCACGCCUUACAACAGCAUUCCAGGCUCAGCAGUGUGUGCCUAUGACAUGGCGGAGGUGGCCAACACGUUCACAGGGCGUUUCAAAGAGCAGAAAUCCCCAGACUCCACCUGGACGCCUUUUCCUGAAGAGAAGGUUCCCAAGCCAAGGCCUGGCUACUGCGCUGGCACUCCAUCCAUGGAGCGAUACAAGGUGUCCAAUGAGUUCCCUGAUGACACACUCAACUUCAUCAAGAUGCAUCCUCUAAUGGACGAGGCUGUGCCCUCCAUUGCUAACAGACCAUGGUUCCUGAAGACCAUGGUCCGGUAUCGUCUGACGCGCAUCGUGGUGGACAACGCAGCUGGCCCCCAUAAGAACCACACCGUCGUCUUCCUGGGAUCAGAGAAAGGCAUCAUUCUCAAGUUCUUGGCCAAGAUGAACAGCGGCUUCCUCAACGACAGCCUCUUUUUGGAGGAGCUCAGUGUCUACAACCCUGACAAGUGCAGUAUAGAUGGUGUUGAAGACAAGCGCAUCAUCAGCAUGCAGAUAGACAGCAAGAGUCACUCUCUCUGGGUCGCUUUCACCUCCUGUGUGGUCAAGGUGCCGCUGUCUCGCUGUGAAAGGCACGGCAGAUGCAAGAAGUCCUGUAUCGCCUCCAGGGACCCGUACUGUGGUUGGGUGUCAGAAGGAGCUUGCAGACAGGUGGUCCUCAACGCAAAAUCAGCCUUUGAGCAGGACGUGGAGCAUGGUAACACAGAUGGCCUGGGAGACUGCCAAAAUACCUUUGUGGCUCUGAAUGACGUUCUGUCCGGUUAUCAGAGUAAUGGAACGGUGCCGCAUGGCCACCAUCACCAUCACCACCACACCCUCCCACUCCCCACGUCCGCCCUGCCCGAGGCCGCAGAGGGGCCCCUGGGGCGGGGCCGCAUGGUGGAGCGGAAGGACCCCCCCAUGAGCUCAGACAAAGGGGAGGACCCCUACAUGGCCGUGCCCUCUCAGACUCAGCCCGAAGCCAAUGGUGUGAUCCGUGAGAGCUAUCAGAAGGGGCGUGACCAGCUUGUUCCCAUAACCCUAUUGGCUAUAGCCGUCAUCCUUGCCUUUGCCAUGGGCGCUAUCUUCUCUGGCAUCAUCGUCUACUGUGUCUGUGACCACCGGCGCCGCGACAUGGACCUGACAGGCCGCAAGGAAAAGGACAGCCACCACCUCCACUCCCGCAGGGGAUCCAUGAACAGUGUGACCAAGCUGACGGGACUGUUUGAGACGCAGGCCAAAGACGGACGCCCUGAGGCAAUCCUCACCCCUUUGAUGCACAACGGGAGACUCACACCAAACGGGAAGAUGCUGAUCAAAGCAGACCAGCACCACCUGGACCUAGCCGCUCUGCCAACGCCCGAAUCCACCCCCAUGCAACCUCGCCGCAAGCCCAGUCGGGGCAGCCGCGAGUGGGAGAGGAACCAGAACCUCAUCAAUGCUUGCACAAAGGACAUGCCACCUAUGGGUUCCCCUGUUAUCCCGACAGACCUGCCUCUAAGGGCCUCUCCAGGCCACAUCCCUAGCGUGGUGGUCCUACCUCUGCCACAGCACCAGCACCAGCUUCAGCCUCACCUCCAGCAGCACCAGCAGGCCUACCAGCACGAGUAUGUGGAACAGCCCCACCGCAGUGACCUGAGCAUGGGCCACAGCGUCAUGGACGACCAGGCGGCCACCCUGGAGUACAAGACGGUGAAGAGCCCCUGUCACAGCCUCAACAUGGUGGAUUCAGAUGGGGUGCUGCCGCCCCGUGUGCCCCAGCGAGAGGCCUCCCUCACCGUCCCGCCUGCCGUCCCGCAGAUGGGCAAACGCCUGGAGGUCCACUCUUCAGUCUACGGGCUCCGGAAAGGAUCGGCAUCCUCCGCGUCCGGAUCCGCCGUCCUCAAGAAGCACAAUACCAACUCGUCUAACUCCUCCCACCUGGCGCGACAUCACAGUUUCAACCGUGUGGAGACCCCGCCCCCUGCGCCCCAGAGGGUAGACUCCAUACACAUGACGGCGCAGGGCAUGUCUCUGUCGCGGCAGUCUGGAAUGAGCUCCUAUGGUUCACUGCCUCGAACGGGCAUCAAGCAUCUCAAGCCUGAUGUCCCACCCAAACCCUCCAUAGUCUCACUCUCAACAAAAGUCAAGUCCAGUGACUCCUGCACAUAGUCAGUCAGCUAGCCAGUUAGUCCAAUGUGAACGGACAGUAGUCAAAAGGUUUUCUGAAAGAAAAACAGGGAAUACAACUUGCAUCUCCUUUUAGUGUUUUUUUUGUCGGUGUACAGUACAGUGGAAAAUGCAACACACUUUUUCUAAGAAAACGUUUUCUUUUUAUAUAAAUAUGUAAAUAUUAUACAAAUGGUUGUCGUCGUUCGUUGCCGUCAUCGAGCUCAGGCUCUGGCUGGCUCCCAGUUCCUCUGUAAACACACAUGGGAACACUUGCUACUGAAACCGAAGAUGAUGAUGAUGCCUGCCCUGAAUAUUUCACCCAAUGACACCCUGUAGCAUCCAAGACGGUGGCUCUGUUGUUUGUGGUGUCUUUGGCCACUGGGACUUGACUGAUAAUUUGUUUUCUUGACCAAGCUGGCAAAAGCACAUAAGAAGACAGUCCAGUGAUGCGGCGGUGAAUCGUUGUACAGUACCGUGAGGACUGGGGGAUGUAAGUCAGCAGGCAUUUGGACCCAGAGAAUGAGCUUGGACUGGAAGGACAGACAGCUGCCUGAGUUAUGUUGGAAACUGUGAAAAGCCUCUCAGUGUUACAGCUAUCCUGGACACAGCAAUCAAGCCCUGCCUUGGUUUGUCUGAAAGCCUGGGCCAGAAGAGUCUUCUACUGUACUGGUUACUGAAUAACACAUGACUGUUAAUACUAAUAGCUUGUUGUAUUUAUUUUUAUUAAGUGCUUUUGAAGAAAAAAAUAAGACUGACUUUUUAGGCUCGGUGAGAGAGAGGACAGAGAAAAGAUCUUUUAAUAUUAAUUAAUCAAGUGUGAAAAAAAAAACUAUUUAAAGUCAUUAAACUGGAGCCAGUAGAACUUUCUUGAUGACUAAAGGUCCACUAGGUCCUACUGUGUUUUCAGUGGGACCCGGGGAUUCUGCAGCUUGAGAUAUAUGUGACCUCUUGUGUAGAGGAGGAGAUAUUUAUUUAAACUGUGCCAGACAGGGACUUUUACCUUCACGGACCAGAAUCUCCAUUGUUUUAGACCAAUCAGAAAAAAAAGACUUCUUGAAUCUCACCCUUUCACUCCUCCAAUGAGCAUCCCCCAAUCAGCACUGUGGUUUUGUAUGAGUCGGUAACUUGAGUCCUGAUUGGUUGCUGGCUCACUGGUGCCAUCAAAGAUCACUGUUGCAUGUUGCAAAGAAAUAACAGAAGCAGCUGCAGCAGCAACAACAACAACAGUAUGGAAUUCUGCAUAUACACAUGCACAUUGACAAAAAAAAAAAAAAAAAGAAGAAGAAGCUCGCUGCAAGUGACAGAGCAUUGCCUCCCUCUUGAAACGUAUCAUCUUCUCUAGCCGCAUCACACAGACAAGCAGGCAGAAAAGAAAAAAAAUACAGUUAAAAAAUCUGUUUAUAUUGCCUGUUUCUCUUCCACGUGUAAAUUUGUGCCUUACACCCUAAAGUAGUGACAAUGUUUUCUUUUAUAGCUGUUAACUUUGUCUCCUUGUAGUAUUUUUUAUUUUCUUACAUCAUGAUAUUUCCCUGGUUUGAUAAAAAGGCAAUUAAAGAA